CUAGCUCUUCUUUGUUUCCAGUUCAAGUUGAUGACGAACUUUACUUAUUGAAACAUCUUGACACAAAUGAGCUGCACUGCGUGUAUCAUAGUCCUCAGGGAAAGAUGGUUGGACUGGCUUGGAUUCUUCCAGCCAACACAUAUAACGUAUCCCACAGACUUCAAAAAAUUUCAUCUGUAUCAACACAGAUCAAAGGACAGAUUCAUUAUGCCAUAAACUACUGGAAAACUACAACAAACCAUUUAGACGAAAGAGUGUCCUUGCCGCCUUUCUUAGAUGACAGUUGGAACAAUUUAAUUGAAUAUGACAAGUUGCCACAUGAGUCCAGAAGAUUCAUGCUCUCGAGGUCAGGUUACGAUGGAUUUGAUGUGUCUGUAUUGGCAAAAAGUGACGCUCAACUAUCUUUCAUAACUGAGGAUGAUGAGCUUAUAACCAUUAAGUUCGACCCCGACGACGCUCUUGGAUUUUUAACUUUAGAAUUUUGCUACGGCGUAUUGAGCGCCAACGAUGGAUCAUGUGCAGAGAUUAGUGAAAUAAAGACUUUGAGAGAGGAUGGAAUAUUGAGACAAGGCAAAGAAUGGGUGCAUUUUACAAUUGAAAUUGAAAUUAUCAAGAACGAAAUGAUUAAAUCCAUUAAAAUAACAGAUUCGAAAAAUGCAGACGUCAUUCUCAACAUCAGAAACAUUACUUUGCUAGAUCCUUUCGAGUUGCCCUAUGUACCAUAUCUGAAAUCGGCUGGAUUUUGGAAAAUCCAUCAAAGCUUGGUACUACUUCACGAUGGUAGCGGUGGCAGGACUGAAAUUAUACUAAACCUAAUUUCCACAUCGCCAAGCAGAUCUUGCGUGAACAUCCGUUAUUUUUUCAACGGUGAAUUUGGAACUGCAACUGUUCAAGUACAAUCCACAUCCGAAAUUUAUCAUUUUCAGGUAAUUUAA